AUGCCGAAGUACGGUUCCAAAAGCGUCGGUCUUGAAAAGCUUGACCAUCGGUUCACUGGACCCAAGGACACCUUGACGACGUUCAGUGUCACCGACGAUUGUGAAGAAAUCAAUGUGAUGGUCGUUCAGCGGAAGGAUGGAAAAAUACGUGACACGAUACAUUUGGAGCACUUGCCUCCAUACACUUGCUCCAUACGCAUACAAUUCGAUGUUGCAGGCGAACAAACAAGGGUGAAGGAAUGUGAAAACUCCACAGGAAAUUCUUUCAACGAAUAUAUCACUGAACACUCUGUACGCAGUCUACAAGUGGUUAAGGAGCGAAAUCUUCAACCGGAAAGUUCGUGGUUCGGACCAAAAAUCGAUAUCUUGACUGCUCCUGCUCGCAAUACCCUAACCCUCUUGCUUUCCUCAGGUGGUGUAGCACCUGAAGCUAAGAAAAUUGUUACACCUGGACAUUAUUGA